GAGGAAGCGAAAGAUCGUGGCUCCAGCCCGAGGAGCCACGGAAGAUGCUCACGCUGUCCCCAGUGGGCUCUGCAUUACCUCCCGAGAAGAGGCGGUGGAAACCAUCUCAGCACCGGGGCCAUGCCGGUUUCUGCAGCACCUGGGGGAAUUGGCUGAGUCCCAGAGAACGUCAGCGUGGCUACAGGGGGAGCAGAGCUGGAGGAAAGCAGGGUAGGAUGAACCGCGACGCGCUGCCGGGGAGCAGAUGAGCCGUAAGUUGAGGGUGGCCCCACACAGGCCCAUCAACAGAGACCGUCGGGCCGAGGCAAGUUCCUCCCACAGCUGCCAGCCAGCACUGUCUUUGCCCACCAUUAAGCAGUGGCCGGCACCAUGGAUGAGGCAACAGAGCUGGAGCUGGGGGGAAACUCCCUCCUGAAGGCAGUGUGGCUGGGCCGGCUCCGGCUGACCCGGCUGCUGCUGGAAGGGGGGGCUUACAUCAACGAGAGCAACGAGAAAGGGGAGACUGCACUGAUGGUGGCCUGCAUCACCAAGCACGUUGACCAGCAGAGCAUUAACAAGGCCAAGAUGGUGAAGUACUUGCUGGACAACAGAGCUGACCCCAACAUCCAGGACAAAUCUGGGAAAACAGCCCUCAUGCACGCCUGCAUCCGCGGCGCAGGGGGGGAUGUGGUGUCCCUGCUGCUGGACAACGGGGCAGACCCCAGCCUGGAGGACCACUCAGGAGCCUCAGCUCUGGUUCAUGCCAUCAACGCCGAUGACAAAGACGUGCUGCAGCACCUCCUGAAUGCCUGCAAAGCCAAGGGGAAGGAGGUGAUCAUUAUCACCAUGGACAAAUCGGCCUCUGGCACCAAGACCGCCAAGCAGUACCUGAACGUUCCCCCCUCGCUGGAGUUCAAGGAGAGGGCUCCCCCCGAGGCGGGCACAGCACCCUCCAGCACCCACCUGAAAGCUCCUGUCUCGGCACCUUCCCCUGCUGAGAAGGAGAGCGGCGGUGGCUUCUGCCCACACCCGUCACACCCCGGGGACAGCCCCUCGGCCAACGAGCCACCCUCCCCGGGACACAGGGCCGGUGCAGCCAGGAGAGCUCGCCUGCCCCAGCUGAAGCGCCUGCGCUCAGAGCCGUGGGGUCUGGUUGCGCCCUCAGUGCUGGCGGCCACUGCACACCACGACGACACGUGGCUCUGCACGAGCAAUGAGCUGAUCACCGGCAUCAGCGACCUCUCACUCUCCAAAACGGCCCCCCCGGACCGCAGUGGCAGCGGCCGGAGCAAGGACCCUUCGCUCUUCCCCCCGGUAGAUGAGCAGGCGCUGCGGACACCACCAGCCCCGGCGCCACUGGCGAGGAAAGCAGCCUAUGAAAAGAGCCAGGCUGUCCACCCGCGCCUGCCGCGGCAGAGCACAGUCCCCGAAGAGCCGGAGAGUGUUGGCACCGGCUUGGCCGUUGCGGUGGAUGCGCUGCACCGGCGGAGGCCAGGCGCCGAGCACUAUGACUGUGACCCCCAGCUCCCCGGGGUCCCCGGCCUGGCUGAGGUGGGGAAGGUGCCGUCGGAGAGGAGGAAGCUCAGCGGGUCCCACCUGGCCUUGCUGGGCAGCUCACGGGAGUCCCUGGACAGCAUCGCUGGCGCAUCGCCCGGGACCACACAGCGCCGAGUGCCUGGCUUGCUGGAGAGGCGAGGCUCUGGGACGCUGCUGCUGGACCACAUCUCCCACAUGAGGCCGGGAUACCUGCCCCCCCUGAACGUGAACCCCAACCCCCCCAUCCCUGACAUCACCUCCAACAGCAAAGCUUCCUCUCCACUUGCUGCUGGCUUGAAGUCCUGGGUACCCAUCGCUCCCAGCUCGCCCCGACGGGGUGACUUGAGAGCCAAGAGGAAGCUUCUCCGGAGACACUCCAUGCAGGCGGAACAGAUGCGUCAGCUUUCUGAUUUUGAGGAAAUAGUGGCCCAGUAGCUGUGUCACCAUUUGCUUCCCAGGGAGGUUACCAAACCAGCACUGGCCCUGCAGUAACAUGACGGUUCCCAUGCAGAGCGGUCACCCAGCUCCAGGGAAGCGCUGGUGGCCACAGGGGUCAGACCUGGGACCAGGGGCUGGACCGGGAAGUCCCUGCUCCCAUUUGUCAGAGCCGUACAGAGAGCCCAGGCAUCCAACCCAAACCGCUGAAGUCUCUUGUGCUCUUCACUUGCUUCUUCACCUUUCCCCAGGAGCAAUCGAUCUCAGACCAUCCGAGACCAUAAGGCUUCACACAAAGGCUCCUGCCUGCAGUUCCCUUCUUCCUCCUUAUUUACCAUCCGCUUUUCUUCCAUCCACUCAUUCUGACACAGAAACCUGCCCAGAGCCCCAUGCCCGUGAGCCGUGGGGCUGGUGUGUUUGUGAAGUGCCUACAGGAAGGAAAGGAGCUGAAGGCUGGCGUGAGGCUGGAAGAGCCGAAACACGCGUCCCCAGCAGCCAAACGUCCUGCUACCCUCCCUGUGCAGGAGAGGGAGACAGUUCUCCACCGCAGAGAUUUCCGAACGCUGUGGAACUCCAGAGGCUGGGCUAAACCCCGUUACCACUGGAGCCCGGCACUUCAAAGGGCCCGGAUUAGGAACGGGCUUGUCUCUGUCUCUGAAGCCGCCGAAGAUCCGGGGCAUUUCCCACUGCACUGAGCAGCUCCGAGCACCGAGUUCCUGGGUGGGGAGCACUCCCGGGCUUGUCUGCACGGGAAACUUCUGCCAACAGCAGGGGAGCAAGGAUGCCAAGUUGCCAAGGAUGGCAAGUGGUGAGUGUCAGGGCUUGGUCCCAGCUUGGGAAGGUGCAAGCACAGCAUGGCAGCCAGGACCCCCUCUGCUCCUGACCCCCCUGCAACAACGGGCCCAUGCAGCACCCACAGCACGUGGCGGCUCCGCAGCAUCCGAGCACCGAGCCCACGCAGCGCUGGCCCCCUCCCACCCCCACCCACGGCUCCCCAGCCCCAGAC